UCAGUGACAGUGAGGGCAGAGAAAGCAUUGCUUUCUUCCUCUCCCUGGUGAGAUCACUGGCCUUCAUCUCCAUCUCAAGGCAGACCUUUCAGAACAGCAGGACUACUUCUUGAAGUCACCAUGGCCUGGUCUGGCAGCCUGAAGAGUCUCCUCACAGUCUUUGUCUUUACCAUCCUGGCUGUCUGCUCUGUGGACAGUUACCUGUGUACAGUACAACAAUGUGAAGAUGCAUCAUGUCCUGGCAGUACAAGUUCUUGCACAGCCUCUAAAGGCUGCUUCAAUCAAAUGCAGCAAUUUGAUACACCAUCUACGUUUACAGACCGCAUUUUUAAGAACAAAGGGUGUGUUGGAGAAUCAAACACAUGCAAUGAUGAGUCAUUCUCAGCAACGCUGGGUGAUCAACGGAGAUUUAUCUUUGAAAACCGUUGCUGCACAUCUGAGCAGUGCAACAAAGAUGACAUAACAGUAUCUCAGGAGCCCGCAGAAGCCAAUGGUGUUCAAUGUGUUGCCUUCUAUUCGGAUCUAGGCACACUUCAUAUGCCAACUAUCAGAAAGUGCACGGGGGCUGAGAAAAAGUGUGUUAUGGCUAUUGGCACAGUAAAGGGAAGCAGUAAUCCCUUUUCCAUCGUGAUGGCUGGAAUGGGCUGUGCGACGGAAAGCUCCUGCAACCUGAAUGUGACUGUUCUCGACAGCAUAAAUAUCCACACCGUCUGCUUGAGCAAUUUCCCUGUAUUUCUACCUGGCUCAUCAGUUCCGGAUAGUACGGGCCUUCGACCUACAUCCAUCUCAACAGUACCAUUUCUGAUUAUUCUCCUCCUGCUGAAAAUCUUGUUUUGAUCUCCCAGGCUCAGGCAGUC